GCGCCGCCACCGCCACCGCCGCCCCGGCUGGCGCGCUGACAUUACUGCAUUCGCGGGGUUCAAGGCGGUUCGGAGCCGGGCCUUUAUUUCUCGUCUGCAGCGCUCAGCACCGCGCCUCGAAAACAAGCAUGCAGAUCGCCUGCUUGAGUCUGCAGCCCGGGGCUCUUUCAUGAUGCACCUGAGACUUGGACUGCUUCUAUUUAGAAGGAUUUGCGUCAAGACCCCCUCCAGUAGAGUGGAUGAAUCUGCCAAACACCAGAGCACCCUAGAAAGCUGAACUAAAAGAAUGCUCAUGUUUGACCCAGUCCCUGUCAAGCAAGAGGCCAUGGACCCCGUGUCGGUGUCCUACCCAUCCAGUUACAUGGAGUCCAUGAAGCCCAACAAGUACGGGGUCAUCUACUCCACCCCGUUGCCGGAUAAGUUCUUCCAGACCCCGGAGGGCCUGUCACAUGGGAUGCAGAUGGAGCCGGUGGACCUGACCGUGAACAAGCGCAGCUCGCCGCCCUCCGCGGGCAGUUCUCCUUCAUCGCUGAAGUUCCAGCCCUCGCACCGGAGAGCCUCGCCCGGCCUGAGCAUGCCUUCCUCCAGCCCGCCCAUGAAGAAGUACUCGCCGCCUCCCCCGGGCGUGCAGCCCUUCGGCGUGCCGCUGUCCAUGCCCCCGGUCAUGGCCGCCGCCCUGUCCCGCCACGGCAUCCGCAGCCCCGGGAUACUGCCCGUCAUCCAGCCCGUCGUGGUGCAGCCGGUCCCCUUCAUGUACACCAGCCACCUCCAGCAGCCGCUCAUGGUCUCCUUGUCGGAGGACAUGGAGAACUCGAACAGCAGCAUGCAAGUACCUGUAAUUGAAUCAUACGAGAAGCCUAUAUUACAGAAAAAAAUUAAAAUAGAACCUGGGAUUGAACCACAGAGGACAGAUUAUUAUCCUGAAGAAAUGUCACCCCCUUUAAUGAACUCAGUGUCCCCCCCGCAAGCACUGUUGCAAGAGAAUCACCCGUCGGUCAUAGUGCAACCGGGAAAGAGACCGUUACCUGUGGAAUCUCCGGACACCCAGAGGAAGCGGAGGAUACACAGAUGUGACUACGACGGGUGCAACAAGGUGUACACUAAAAGCUCUCACUUGAAAGCGCACAGAAGAACACACACAGGAGAAAAACCCUACAAAUGUACAUGGGAAGGAUGCACAUGGAAGUUUGCUCGGUCUGAUGAACUAACAAGACAUUUCCGAAAACAUACUGGAAUCAAACCUUUCCAGUGUCCAGACUGUGACCGAAGCUUCUCCCGCUCUGAUCACCUUGCCCUCCAUAGGAAACGCCACAUGCUCGUUUGAACGGCUCCGUCCCCCGCCUCAGCGUGGCUCCCCACUCUCCUGGCUCGCUCUCUGUCCCCCUCCCCAUGAUCUAACUCAUUUUUUACAUGUACAUUUUAAUUUGGAUUCAGCUGGCCUGAAUCUCGGAAUUUAUAUCAUGCAAACUUCCAUAUGGUCAGUAGUAGAUGUUCUCUAAUCUCUCCUUACCACGGGUCAGACCUAAAGAAUGUGAACACUUCUUUUUUUUUUUUUUUUUUUUCCGGGGAUGCUAAGCAAACCCUUCUUACAGAUACGUUUAAUGUAAUGAGAACAAGGGAACAUGUAAACUUAAAAUAGCCAAUUGUCGAUUUCUCCAUGUAUUUCUCAAAAGAAUGUCAAAGUAAAUGUAUUAGAAAUACAGUAUCCAGCCUGCAAGUCCUUGCCAGGGGACCUUGAUACCUAUGUGCCCUGUGAAUGUAUUUUGUGCUUGCCAGCAAGAAGUAGGGCGGCCCCUCUCCCAGGUUAGGCAGACAGUGCAGCCGGAUUUCAGGUAGGACUGUCCGUCCACCCUUCCUCCCUUCCGGUGCCCUUCACAAACCCUGCUUGUCGACUUGGAUUUACCAUGUCCUCAGUCCUUGAUGCACUUCUGUGCCUGCAGCUAACAAGGUCUUUGCCACCCCCCGGGGCUGAGCUAGGCGGUGAUCUCGGUCAGUGAGGGGCCCAGCCUCGCAGGGAGUCAGAAUGAAGGGGCGUGGCGCAGGGGAGAGGCAGCAGCAUGGACGAGGGAGGAAGCCGGCCCCUUCCUUCUGGGCUCGGGCUUUCCCACUGAGGUUUCAUCACUGGGUUAGCUGCACAGGGCAUCCCCAGAGCCGAAAAUUGAUGGAGUGAGUCCUCCUCAUCCCUGUUACCAUUCCUCCGAUGCCCUUAAUGUGGGUCAUCGAGCCUUGAUUGUCGAAACACCAUGAAAAUAUUUUGCCCAAUAAUGGUAGGAAGGGACAAAAGUCUUUUGAGGAAGAGUCUGGAUGGCCUUUCUUUCACUCAACCUACUUGCAGCUUUUUUUUUUUUUUUUUUCUUUGCAAACAGGGAAACGUUGAGUGUAUUUGUAUUUCCAUAUCAAAUUAAUCAUAGAGCUUUUAUACGGAAAGUCUGCUGUGGACCAUAGGGUGCCAAGUGGGCUGUCACUUGUGUUUGUGACACAUACCAUAAGUCAGCGUCUGCUGAUCCUCUAGUGGACGUGUUCAUUUUAAGACCCGAGUGACCCGAUUUGUAAAUAACAGCUGGUUGGGAAGCGCACAUACCUUCAGUCGGGGGACAGAUUUCUGAAAAAUACAGAAAACCCCAGUUCAGGGAUUCAGAUCUUGAGAGUUCCAAAAUUCCCCAACAUUACUAUUUAAGGGUUUGGAAAUCGAUCACUCAAGUAUCCCCUUAGAAGAAGCUGAAAAUGACUCGUGUUUAUGUCAAAGAGAAGUAGCGCGCCAUUCUUUGGGGGGAAGUUUAAUGUUUUGUGGGGGGUUUUUUUCCUUUUUUUUUUUUUUUUUUUUAAUUUUUUCAAAAGCUGGCUUUUGAGCACCAUAGUCUAAAUGCCAAUAAAAAUAAUUCACGCAUAGAAAAGUCAUUGGUCCUAAAUUUGAAGAAAGUGGGCAACAGUGGGUGUGUGUCACCAAACACGCCUUCAUCCCUCGAUAAAGGAUGGAAGAGAAGGGAGAGGAAUUCUGAAGAGCCAUCCCGGCCACAACUCAGGAUCCAACACAACCUUAACUGGGAGGAAUCCAUUGCUCAUCUGUUUCUAAGACAUCAAUGAAUGAGUGAUUCUGGAGGCCGGCGAAUCAUGUGGGGAGCUUACUCUGAUGGCUUUGUGUUAAUAAAAAGUUAGUUGUAGGGACUGUGCACCUAAGAGAUCCCACUUACCAGCCCUCUGAACCAGCUGAAAGGAAAUGCAGUUGAGAAAUGCAGAGUUACUUGUUACCUUCUUGGCACUUGGUUCUGUUGGUUUUUUUUCUUCUUCUUCUUUUUUUUUUUUUUUUUUGUAAGCACUGCGAAAUUUGUUCAGAAUAUUAAAACCUCCUAAUUGGG